AUGCAGAGAACCUAUUUCAAAUGUAACUUUUGACGUUUGAGUUUGCAUAUGUUUGUGUGUGUAUCUGUGUGUGAAUGAGAGAGGAAAGAUUUGAUAGAGGUGGAAUGGAUUGAUGUAAGUGAAUGAUAGACGAAGAUGGAAGUGUGUUAAUGAUGGAAGAAGGGAGAGAGCGAGAAGAAAUGAAGAGAAUAGAGUGGGUGGCCAACACUCGUCUGUUGUCUGCUGUGGAAUUGACAGAGUGCUGCAAUGUAGAUUGUAGAUCCAAGUUCACCGGUCUCCAUUCAACUAUUCACUUUUAUUGAAUUGCAUUGAUCUCUGAUUUUAGUGAGUGUCACGAUUCAUCGAUUAAGAUUUGGUGUACCCGUGCAAAAUAUUCCUCAGUUAACCAAAAGUGCAUUGCUUUUUUGGAUAUAGAUAGACUAUCAUCAUAAUAUUCUUGUUCUGAUGUGAAGGAACCAGAGCAUGAUGCGGAAGUUACAUGGAUAUAGCUUCUAUUAUGAGAAAGCAUCCAAUAAGUUUUCACGAAUUGGCGUUUGUGUUGGUUGUGGACUUUACUGUUUCACAUCUGGAUUAGAACAUGAAUUUAGUCUUAUUGAAGCUCAAAGGAUAGAGCAGCUUGAUGAAUUACCAUUUUCAUGGUCUCAAGAAUAUUGGCAGAUGAUGGGAUCGUUAUUAGGCUGCCUUGUAUCCGGUAUUGCUCUCUGUUGCAUGGGUAGACUAUCUUCACUUCUAAGGAUAUCAUUACCAUGCCUAAUUCUAGCAAGUAUAUCGACUUAUAUUUCAACCCAAGUUGAUAUCCAUUCAUCAAUAUUUCUAUUCUCUGCUACGCUUCAAAUUUUCCUUCAAAACAUGAGCAGAAGUCUGGCGGUGACGGUGACCCCGAUCUACAUCCUGGAGACAAUCUGCCACUACCCGGGCGGCCAGGAGUCUCGCGCGAUGGGGGCGCUGAUUGCGCUGACACAGCUGCCAUUGGCAGUUAGCUCUCUGCUCGCCACGGGCGACGCACAAGCCCUGUCCGCCUCCAGGGUGAUCCUGGUGCUGCCCGCCCUGGCCUCGGUCGCCGCCCUCGUGCUUUGCCUCUGUGCGCCCGAGUCGCCUCGCUGGCUCAUGCAGAACAAUGGCUGCCUCGACGACGCCACAAAGUCCCUGCUGGCCUUGCGGCCCCGCUCUGUCACUCACAACCAGAUAGCGCACGAGCUCGACCAGAUGCGAAAUGAUAUUCAGAUGACUUCGCUUUGCAAAACCGACAGCUACAUCAAGCCUCUGCUGACACUUUCCGGCUUCGUGCUGUUGAUCGAGUUGAUGGGCUACAAAGCCUACAAUUUCUACAUGGACUGGGCACUCACAUUUUCGGGCCUCACGAUGAAUUCACGGCUGGUCUCAUCAUUCAUCAGACUGGUAUCUCUGGUGAUGUCAACAGUAGUCUCAUCCACAUUUCCCGGCCCCAAUAGUACCGCACUCAUGCUUUUAAUCAGCUCAGGAUCCUUGGCGUUCUGUUUAUCAACACUAGGAUGCAGUUUUUACUUCCUAGAGUUCUCCACGACUAAACUCAUGUGGGUGCCUGCCACAUUUCUGAUCAUCUAUCAGGUGUUUUUCUGGCUGGGAAUUGGCACCUACUCCAUGGCCACGUGUGCUCUUCUGUGUCCCGCCAGGUCGAGAUGUAUUGUUUUAAUUCUGGUUGUGAUCGUUCAUCAAAUGGCUUCUUACUUCUGUCAGUUAUUUUUGCCGAUGAUGAUGAGUGUUCUUCAUCCUUUCGGUGUGUUCUGGUUCCAUGCCGUCAUGACUAGCAUUGCACUCGCCUACAUUUCUGUUGUAAUUGUACCAGAAUUGAAAUUUAUGGCCAAAAAUGUCAGUGUUGAUCAAUCAGUGCAGCAGUAUUUUUGAAGGAAAACCGCACUAAAGAAGGAUCAUGAUAGUAAAAUGGUGGAUGUAUUAAUUUAUGAAAAUUGCGAAAUAUAUAUAUAUAUAUAUAUAUAUAUAUAUAUAUAUAUAUGAUGUGAAAGAUUUACAUUUGCUCUGCUGUAAUAAGAGUAAUAUACUACCAUAGAGAAACGAUAGCAUAAGUAGAUAUCCCAUGGUAUAGGGCGUUCAUGUUGCAACUUUUACUGUUAUCCCAAGCCGAUAGUUCACGUAGUUCUUUCCCAUGCAGCUGUAUGACGCUGGUAGUCUCUCAAAUUGUGCCGUUCAUAAACUCUUACCCCAACAAAACAGUGAAAAUUGACAAUAAUCGACAGUAAUCGGCUAGAGAUAACAGUAAAAGUUGCGACAUAAAUUCCUCAUACCAUGGGAUAUCUACUUACGCUAUUUUUUCUCUAUGAUACUACCUAUCCGAUUAAAUGUAAUUUUAAUACACUGUGGAAAGUUGGUUGAAGUAGUUAUAAGUUAGAUUACACUUACGGGAAAGGUCCAAUAGGUAUUGUACUCCGAUGAAUAAUUGAAUAAUCAAUUUAUACUUGAAGAGUUAUUGCUCAAAGUUAUACAAUUUCAUGAUUUGAGAGAUAAACGCAACUCCAUCAAAGACCUCAAUGGAAUAACUCGUCAAGAUCGAGAUAAGUUACGGUGAAGAAGUUGGCUAUGGUACCUGAAUAUGUUUUUUUUAUAAAAUCCUAAUCAUUAAACUUUGUGUGUUGCAUAACAUAAAGUUCAAGUUUUUGACCAUUCUUAAGGGUAUUAAUUAUUCUCAAUUAACAAACUCUCAUAGAAUGCCUAGAAGUUACCUACUUCAAUGUAAUUCAACUUUAUGAUGUUUGCAUAGUUUACUUUGAAAAUGAAAUAUAUUACUGAUGUGUCUUGUUUUCAAAGUGCAAUAUUGAUGAAUCAUGGUUUAUUUUAUUCUAUCUCUACAAAGCUGUUUAAAAUUUCAAUUUAAUUUAAAGUUAUUGAAAAUGUCCAAUAUCUUGCUGGUAAAAUUUCAGAAAAGAAUAUUGAUCUUACAUACUGUAUAGUCUUAAAAAACGUAUCAAUGUUUAUGAUAAAGUUGAUUAUUAUUA